AUGACUUCGCCUUUAUCCAAUUUAUUCGUUCAAAUCUCCAUAAAUUUUCAAUUACGUGCCUAUAAGAUGCAGGCUCUUGAAAAUGAUGCUAAAAAGGUGGCACGAUUACGUGAAAAUGAUGUUAAAAAGGAGACACUAUUACGUAAAAGAAUGGAGCAAUACAUCAAAUCACUCCAGGAGCGUAUUGUGAAAGAAAUUGAAUCCAUUGAUGGUAAAAAGUUUUUAAUUGAUCGUUGGGAACGCGAACAAGGAGGUUAUGGUAUCUCUUGUGUCCUACAGGAUGGCAAAGUUUUUGAAAAAGCUGGCGUAAAUAUUUCGGUAGUAUCUGGUGAAUUACCAACACUAGCCAUACAACAAAUGAAAUCUCGACACAAAGAACUUGAUCCUUCAAAGGGUCCAUUUCCAUUUUUCGCGGCAGGCAUUUCAAUUGUUAUGCAUCCACAUAAUCCUCAUGCACCAACUAUACACAUGAAUUAUCGAUAUUUUGAGAUUGAAAAGGAAGAUGGUUCUCCAUUAUCAUGGUGGUUUGGUGGUGGUUCGGAUCUUACGCCUUCUUAUCUUUAUGAAGAUGAUGCCAUCCAUUUCCAUAAAACUUUAAAAGAAGCAUGUGAUAAACACGAUCCAAAUUACUACCCUGAUUUCAAGAAAUGGUGCGACGAAUACUUUUAUUUGAAACAUCGUAAAGAAGCCCGUGGAGUAGGAGGGAUAUUUUUCGAUGACUUAGAUAACAAACCUCCAGAAAAGAUAUUUGAAUUUGUUAAGCAAUGUGGGGAUUCAUUUUUGGAAUCAUAUGUUCCAUUGGUGAAAAGGAGGAUGAAUACAACAUUUACGGCAAAUGAAAAAGAAUGGCAACAGAUACGUAGAGGUAGAUAUGUUGAAUUUAACCUUGUAUGGGAUCGUGGGACUAAAUUUGGUCUCCAAACUCCCGGUUCGAGAAUCGAAAGUAUAUUUAUGUCACUUCCAUUAACUGCUCGAUGGGAAUAUAUGCACGUUCCCGACAAAAAUUCCCGUGAAGAUAAAUUAAUGCAAGUUUUAAAACAUCCGAAUAAUUGGGUAUAA